CGGGGCUCAGCGGCGGACCUGAGACCUGGGGCGCUAGGCGCGCGGAGCCAGAGCCGGAGCAGCAGCCGCAACUGCAGCCGGGGGACCGCAGGGGCCGAGUCGGAGAAAGCGCAGCUCGCGGGUGAGCGCCACCCGGAGUCCCGCGCGCAACUUCCAGGGCGCACUCGGCGGGCGGCCGCGGCGCUGCCGCUACCCGGCGCGGGGCAGCAUGGAGGCCACGGAGAAGCAGCACCUGUUGGACGCCAGGCCCGUAGUCCGGCCAUACAUGGGAUCUCUGUGGCAGGAGGGGGCUGGCUGGAUCCCUCUGUCCCGACCUGGUCUGGACUUGCAGGCCAUUGAGCUGGCUGUGGAGAGCAAUCAUUACUGCCAUGCUCCGAAGAGUCCUAGCAGUGACUGUGACCCCAAGAAGGGGCAGGCCCGGCGCCAGCUCUACAUAGCCUCUGCCAUCUGCCUGGUGUUCAUGAUCGGAGAAGUCAUAGGUGGGUACCUGGCACACAGCUUGGCUGUCAUGACCGACGCAGCACACCUGCUCACUGACUUUGCCAGCAUGCUCAUCAGCCUCUUCUCCCUCUGGAUGUCCUCCCGGCCAGCCACCAAGACCAUGAACUUUGGCUGGCAGAGAGCUGAGAUCCUGGGAGCCCUGCUUUCUGUGCUGUCCAUCUGGGUGGUGACCGGAGUACUGGUGUACCUGGCUGUGGAGCGGCUGAUCUCUGGGAACUAUGAGAUUAACGGGGGGACCAUGCUGAUCACGUCGGGCUGCGCUGUGGCUGUGAACAUCAUAAUGGGGUUGACCCUUCACCAGUCUGGCCACGGGCACAGCCACAACACCAGCCAGCAGCAAGAGAACCCCAGCGUCCGAGCUGCCUUCAUCCAUGUGAUUGGGGACUUUCUACAGAGCGUGGGUGUCCUAGUAGCAGCCUAUAUUUUAUACUUCAAGCCAGAAUACAAGUAUGUAGACCCCAUCUGCACCUUCCUCUUUUCCGUCCUGGUCCUGGGGACAACCUUGACCAUCCUGAGAGAUGUGAUCGUGGUGUUGAUGGAAGGGACCCCCAAGGGCAUGGACUUCACAGCUGUUCGGGAUCUGCUGCUGUCGGUGGAGGGGGUGGAAGCCCUGCACAGCCUGCAUAUCUGGGCCCUGACUGUGGCCCAGCCUGUUCUGUCUGUCCACAUCGCCAUUGCUCAGAAUACAGAUGCCCAGGCCGUGCUGAAGACAGCCAGCAGCUGCCUCCAGGGGAAGUUCCACUUCCACACCGUGACCAUCCAGAUUGAGGACUACUCGGAGGACAUGAAGGACUGUCAGGCAUGCCAGGGCCCCUCGGACUGACUGCCUGGCCAGCUGCCAACUGGGCAUGGACAGGACCUGCAGGUGGCUGGACUGAGUGUCCCCCAGGCCCAGCCAGGACUUUGCCUACCCAACCUGUGGUAUAAACCGGGCCCCCCUCCUGACCUCUGCUUCAUGUUCAGUACAGAGCCUUGCCCCAUUUCAGGAAUAGAGCUCUUCCCUGCCUCCCCCAUCUGACUACAGCCAGUGCCAGGGUGGGGACUCAGCAGGUAUACAACUAGUGUGACCCUGUUCCUCCAGCCCCCGGGCUAGGUCUGGAAAGGCUGUGUUUGGGCCUAAUCCUCAGCAGAUGUCGCUCUACCAUUCGCAGGGACAAGGUAGUAAGCCACGGAACGUCCAAGGGGAGGCUGGCCCCAGUGCACCCCUACGGCCUGCUUUGUUCCCCAUUUCAGCCUGGCUGGCCUUUGCCUUUAUGACUCUGAGCCCUUUCCUCUGCCUUUAGCAAUAGGGUUUAAGGAGGUCACAGGGGUGAGGACCCGACUCUCAUUCCACCUGAGGCAGGGAGCCAGGAGGCACCUGAGGCUUGUCUGUGCCUUAGUCACCUCGGCUAUGAACCAAAUGUCCCCUUUCCGGGAGAGGAGAGGCUUCUUCCUAGAUAAGGGGCUGGUUUCCUCUUUCCUUAUGCCCUCAGCUGUGCCAAUACAAAAAAGAACUUUGGUACAGAUGGUGGUGGGGGGGCAUACAGAGAUUUCCUGGGUUCUGCAUUAACAGCCUGUAAGCCCUCUGGCACUUCUGUGGCCCUGACAGUGUCCCCGGGGAUUCCAAGCCUCCGGAAAGAUACAGUGGGCCAGCUCUGCUGCCUACCUGGCCUGACCCAGUCGGAGCCUGGGUGUGGAGGAGGGAGAGGGAGAGAAGCGGGGCUGCCCUCGGCCCAGAGGCCAGCUAGGAGGGAGACCACGGCUUCCUGGGGCUUGUGUGUGAAGAUUUCCAACUUAGGGGUGGCUUGUGUUUACAAGACGAAAGAGGGGAGACCUGUCCCCAGCUCAUCCAGACAACUUACUCAGUUAUCAGGGAGUCCUGUGUCACAGGGUCUGUCUCUGCCAUUGUAAGCAAGUGCCUUGGGUGAGUUGGCCAAGGACCUGUGGUUGUUGUAUGGUUACUUUCAUCACCCUGGAGGCAGGGAACUCUGUGGCCUGAGGCUGCCUUACUGAGGAGUCAUGAGGGCUUCCCAGCCUCCCCAGGGGCAGCAAGUUUGUCUUGACUCUGAUUUGGCCCAAGGUGGGAGGAGGUGGGUUUGGUCACUUGCCUCCCACUUUAAAUCUCUGUCUUUUCAUCUGUGAAACGACCUCUUUGUGCCUUCCCAGCACUGUCAUCUUGAUCGCCUGUGUUCUAGGUCAGUGGGUCUUUCAGCCCCUCCAGGUCUAUGUGGGGGAGGGGUGGGGGUUGCCGGCGGCUGCUCCAUUCUACCACGAUCUCAAGGGACUCAACCCUCUGACCGUCCCCUGCCGUGCCCAAGUCAUGGCAGGCCCCCAGGAACUUGAUCCUGGGCUUUGUUCUGUGCCAAGUCCUUACAUCCCUCUCAAGAGACAUCAUUGGCUGGGCGUGGUGGCUCACGCCUGUAAUCCCAGCACUUUGGGAGGCUGAGGCAGGCAGAUGACUUGAGGCAAGGAGUUCAAGACCAGCCUGGCCAACAUGGGGAAACCUCAUUUGUACUAAAAAUACAAAAAUUAGCCAA